CGGGCUCACUGAAGGAAGAGGAGGGGUGCCCUCCUGCCUGUUCACAAUUGGAGGCAGCAGGGAGGGAAGCAGCAUCUGUAUGAGGCGAGAGAAGGAACCUGCAUGGAAUGGAGGAGCGUUAGAGCAGCACUGUCGCUGUCGUCAAGACUCCCACUGCCUGCACCACCACUCUGGAUCGUGUGUUAAUGGAAUUGACUCAGAGCAGCUCUGUGAUGCCAGAGGGACCAGCUGUGUGGAUCCAGUGCCACCUCUGAUAUGAUGCUAAGAGCAGGAGGGGCAGCCACCUCUCUCGCACUGCUGCUGCUGCUGCCGCUGCUGUGCUGCUGCCACCUGUGCCACUCGCUGCGGGUUCCAAAACUCUCCUCCUACGCAAAAGCAGAGGAUAAGCUGUUCAAAUACCUCUUUGGAAACUACCAGAAAUGGGUUCGCCCAGUGGAAUACCUAAACCAGACGAUCCGUGUGAAGUUUGGACUGGCCAUCUCCCAGCUAGUUGAUGUGGAUGAAAAAAAUCAGCGAAUGACCACCAAUGUGUGGAUGAAACAGGAGUGGAUUGACAUGAAACUCAGAUGGAACCCUGACGACUAUCUGGGCAUCACAAUUAUCCGAGUCCCCUCUGACAGGAUCUGGCUCCCUGACGUUGUUCUUUAUGAUAAUUCAGAUGGGCGUUUUGAAGGUACAGUCACCAAGGCCGUUGUUAAGUAUGAUGGAACCAUAUCAUGGACACCACCAGCCAAUUACAAGUCUGCCUGCACCAUUGAUGUCACCUUCUUCCCUUUUGAUCUCCAGAACUGUUCAAUGAAGUUUGGCUCCUGGACAUAUGACGGCUCCCAGGUGGACAUAAUUCUGGAGGACUUCCAUGUGGACAAGCGGGACUAUUUUGACAACGGUGAAUGGGAGAUAGUGAAGGCCACAGGCAGCCGCAGUCUUAGGACAGAUGGCAGCUCUUCCUAUCCCACCAUCACCUACUUCUUCAUCAUCCGCAGGCUGCCUCUUUUCUACACCCUCUUCCUCAUCAUCCCCUGCAUUGGCCUCUCCUUCCUCACUAUCCUUGUCUUCUAUCUGCCAUCUAACGGCGGUGAGAAGAUCUCUCUCUGCACCUCAGUUCUGGUGUCGCUCACAGUUUUCCUCCUGGUCAUUGAGGAGAUCAUCCCCUCCUCUUCGAAGGCUAUCCCUCUCAUUGGGGAGUACCUGGUCUUCACCAUGAUCUUUGUCACGCUCUCCAUUAUCAUCACUGUCUUCGCCAUCAACAUCCACCAUCGCUCCUCUUCUACACAUCAUGGCAUGGCACCCUGGGUGAGGAGGAUUUUCCUGCAUCGGCUGCCUAAGCUGCUGUGUAUGCGCAGCCAUGUGGACCGUUACGCCACAGGUGGAGUGGCCAGAACAGGAGAUCUGAAGGACUCAGCACCUGAACUGACAUCUCUCCUCUACACCAGACAUAACCUACAAGCAGCUUUGGAUUCUAUUCGCUACAUAACCAUGCAUGUGGUUAAAGAAAAUGAAGUCAGAGAGGUGGUACAAGACUGGAAGUUUGUAGCCCAGGUUUUAGACAGAAUGUUUCUGUGGGCCUUCCUCCUGGUGUCGAUUCUGGGCUCUGCUCUCCUCUUCAUUCCGGUUAUUUACAAAUGGGCCAACAUCAUCGUCCCUAACCAUGCUGGAAGUACCCUCUAAGAACCACCGUUCAACCAACCACUAGUAGAGGCAAAGUACAUUAACAGCUCAUUAUGGGUCUUAUUUGAGAUUGACUGACUGAGAUACUGAGAUAACAGCUCAGAUACGGUCCUGCUCUACUUAUCCACCAUCACUCUGUAAGCCACAGCUGGGCCCGAGAUCAAGCUACAGACUGGGGACCUCGUUUGCUGAGUAUAUCUAACAGAGACAUGUUUUUUUUUGUUUUAGAGAGACUUUGAAUUUGAGACAAUUGACUUUGUUUAAAUGUAAAUGAAAAGACUCGACUGAUGUACUACAUAUGAUGAAAAAGGCAUAUUUGCCCACAUUUCAUUCAUCAAUAAAUUUCAAUACAUUCAUUUCACGAACUAUAAUUGCUGGCAUCAAAGAGUGGAAAUGUAUCUUUUGGUCUGGCAGAGAUUCAUAGAUACAAACUGUCAAUAAAACAUGUUCUCACAGGAUCAUUUAGGAUGAAUGCCUCACUAACGACCCUUAUGCCAGUUACAGGAUAAAUACCAAUUAAAUUCAAUUAAAUCCAAUACACCUUGAUGGGGUAUAAUUCAAAUAAAAUGGGUUGUUCAACUUUGAUUUUCCGAAGUUCUAUUUUCAUAAAUCACCCUAACAUAUCCUGGCAUAAGCAUCAGUCUGUAAAGUUCUUAAAGUUUCUGGAGAAGUGCACACAAGUCAGACACUACUAUUUAGGGACAGACCUGGUUUAAUAGUUUCUCUCUUCACUCUACUAGGCUGUGCGUGGGAAGGAGAGAUUCUUGCCAGGACUUUAAUUUCUAAGGCAAUAGUUCCUUUUAGCCUGAGGAAAAAUCCCACAUUGUUUAUUAGGCCUGUAAGACAAAUCUUGGUAAAAGAUCAGGACAGAGAUACUGUGGGUCCAGGAUGUUUUAGCCUACUGUAGCUUAGCACAGACGUACCUCCAUCAAAUGUGAAACAUAGGUCCUGUGACAACUCCAAAACUGUCUUGUUAUUUGAUUGAUGUGCAUGCAGAUGAUGUCAUUUCGAGAAAUGUAAUAAAGGAGCCGUAUUUUCACUACA